AUGGCUUUAUAUCACGGCUACCCCAUUCUGGAGUCUUUUGAAUCUUUUAUCUGUGACGCGGUUGACCCCUCGCCCGUUCUUUCCCAUCAACAAAGCCGUGUUCCAUGGGCUUCUUACUUCUGCAUCAUCAUCACUCCACGAAUUCUCAACCAUAACACUGCACAAACGCGAGCGUACAUCCCCGUUGUCUACGCCUUAUAUCCCUACGCUUAUUCUCCUUUGAACAAGAUAACCAUCAGAAGUUUCGUACGCACAAUCUUCAGCAAACAACGACCUACUAAAGGCCACAAGACCAAACCGAAGCCCGGAAUGUGUCUGCGGGUGCUAGUUCUUUAUCAAUGUGGAUGUAACGCGACCCGAACCAUACCAGAAUACCCUGAUCAAACCUACGAAAUAUGGUCUUGCCAUGGGUACAUACCUUCCUGCUACCUGUUUCAAGGGAGCCACCGCUUGUCUUGCGUUUACAUCCUCGCUAACGACUGUGGCCGACCGACCUGCAAAGCCGUGAGAAACUAUUGGGGCUGGCGAGUCCAUCAUGGGCUCUCUCAUGAGGCCACCUGGCGGUUAUUCGUCCAAUUUUAUGACCGUUGGUAUGCCGCCGGUGCCAACGACCAAGCCUUACCCGUAGCUGUUAACCAUCCACACGAACUUGCCCCCCAUCGAUGGGACUACAGAUACCCCCGUUACGACCAGCCGGGGUUCCUCUACGCCACAAAUAGGCACUACAGCACUCGGAUGAAGAAUACAGCAGACGCGCCGCAGCCGCCGUGGCCUGUUUUCGAUGUGCCCAACCCGGACCCGGACCUCAGCAUUGACUACGAAAAUUAUCCAACGCUGAACAAGCGAGUACUCGAGGAGGAAGAUCCGCGGCCACUGGGACUCGGACGGGAAGAGGACUUGCAGCCGCCGGCACCCUUGGAGGACGGAAUCCGCCUAGGUCCUCGCCGCCUAACGAUAGGGCAAAUGCACAUGCUCCACUUUUACCAUUUGGAGUGUAGGUUUGAGAUGAGUGGAAGCAACGAGUAG